CGUAGACCUGCCACCCAGACUGCCUUCUUUCAGUUCACUUCCAUUUGGAUUGCGUUUCACUGGCAAAAAGUUUGAUCGUAUUUGCCGUGCAGUCCUCCAUUGGAGCCACUGCCACUCCCUAGUUCGUGGCCGUGGGGUGGCCGUCGAGGAUCGUGUGGAUGUGUCCGUACAAAAUUUGUGAACUCUCGGUUUUUCUUUACUGUGAAUCACGAUGACUAUCCCUUCUUCCUCCGAUACGGCCUUUCCUGUAUGUGCAUUUGGGCAGGCGGGCAAGAGACUGCAGGAGAUCUUUACUUGCGGUUUUCAGAGAAACAAUCUGUUUGCAAACCUUCCGGUUGACAGCCCGCGGAACGUCUUGGUGACUGGUCCCAGUGGGUCUGGCAAAAGGUCCUUGACUUUGGAGCUAUGUCGUCAGUUUGGAGUCACACCCGUUGUCAUCAGCAGCGCACGAUUAUCAUUAGAGUAUCCUGGCCAGAUGUCCAAAGGGAUAGAAACGUUAUGUAAUUCGGCGACUGGAGAUCUGCCAACUGCUAUUAUAUUCCAGAGCAUCCACGAUCUUUUUCCUUCACGGAACACAGAUGAAGAGGCGUACCAUGCCUUCACCAUCUCGAUGCGAGGCCGUCAGUCACACCGCAAAGAGCGGACACUCAUCAUUGCCACGACUGCAGAUCUUGAUAGUGUCAAUGAAUCAGUGAAGAAUUCCUUUGAGGAGCACUUGUCCUUGGAACUUCCAACACCGACGCAGCGAGGAGAGCUGCUCAAAUGGCUUCUUAGCUCUCCAUAUAAUGACCCAUCUUUCAGUGUUCGCCAGGUAGCAGACAGUUGCCACGCCUAUACGCUGGCAGAUCUAGCCACCCUCUGUCGACGAGCCGUAGAAACUGCCAGGAAACGAACAGAUUCGUCCAACUUGUCGAAUGAACCUACACCUGUCACGUUACGCGAUUCAGAUUUCCAACAGAAUUUGUCUUCGAUCAAGCUAGCAGAGAAUAGAAAACGGUAUGAUGUCUCACGAAUGGAGGCUGUCAGAUGGACGGAUGUUGGCGGUCAUAGUACCGUUAAGCGGCUACUCCAAGAAAGUGUGGUGUGGUUUUACCAAAACACUGCGGCGUUUGCCAGACUGGGAAUACAACCUUCGAAAGGCGUCUUGCUAUACGGACCACCAGGGACUGGGAAAACCCUUCUAGCUAAAGCGGUUGCGUUCGAAUCCGGAGCGAACUUCCUUCCCAUAUCCAUUUCCGAAAUAAUCAAGGGUGAAGUUGGGGAAUCCGAAAAGGCAAUAGCAAGAACAUUUGAAACAGCUCGGCGAUGCAGUCCUUGUAUCAUUUUCAUGGAUGAGCUCGAAGCAUUGUUUUCACGCCACGAUCAAAUGGGCCAGGUCGGAAAGAAAUUAUUUUCACAGCUUGUUGUGGAGGUAGAUGCUCUGGACUGGCAAAGUUCCCGUAUUGUGCUCCUUGGCGCCACCAAUCACCCAAAUUCUCUGGACCCCGCCCUCCUUCGGCCAGGCCGGAUCGAUCGUCUCAUAGCUGUCCGUCCCCCAUCGGCUUCUGAACGUGUCGACAUUCUGCAGACACUGGCUUCGAAGAUCCCUUUCGAAAAAGACUUGGAUUGGUCCGGGAUUGCGGCGCGCACCCGAGGAAAGACGGGUGCUGACCUCAAGGAGUUAGUUCGACGAGCUGGAUUAGCUGCUCUAAAUCGGACGACAUUGGACGGGCAGCCUACCGUCCAAAUGUGUGAUUUCGAGGAUGCUCUUCGUACUCCUCAAUUUAGACAGCCCAGUUGAUCCUCUGAGUGCCUAAAUGAAACCACCAGCAACAUCCCUAGUAGGUCCUUCUAGACUGACAGGCAAUUCUACCACCGGGCCGCUCCUCCACACAUUACCGACUAGAUCAACCAACUUGCAAGUGAUUCGGACAACGUAUUCUCGUGUUUCUGGAUUCCUACACUCCGUAAAAGACACCGCGCAGAGUUGGGCGAAGUACCCUUUCGCAAGGUUUGCCCGAAGAACAUUUUGGGGGCAGUGGUGUUGCUAGAGGACUAGUAUAAACGAGUAUGUAGCGCCUGUGUGCAAAUCCAAUAUGAAUACCUUCGGGUAGGUUUCAAAGGC